CGCGCCCGGGCCGCUCCCGCCAUGCGGCUCUGGGUGCUCCUCAGCCUGCUGCUGCUGCAGGAAGCGCUGCCACACGUUAUUGGACAGCCUGCAAAGAAUAAGCGUCCCAAAGAACCAGGAGAAAACAAAAUUAAGCCUGUUAACAAGAGAGUAAAACCCAAGAAUCCCAAAAUGAAGGAGAGAGAGUCUGUGGAUUCCUCUUUGAAGUCCCAGUCCAUACUGACACAGGUGAUGGAUAAAGGUCAUUUCCAGAAACUAGCUGCCACCUUAAGCCUGGCUGCAGGACAAAGCAUAGAGUUGCGAUGUAAGGGGAGUAAUGUUACUUGGAACUAUCCUUCUUAUUUAGACACCUUUAAAGACUCCAGACUCAGCAUAAAGCAGCUUGACAGGUACAGUCAGCUGAUCCUUGCAAACUCCACUGCAGCAGACACAGGUGAAUACAGCUGCUGGCUUCAGCUGUGCCAUGGUAACAAAUGCAGGAAGGAUGAGACUAAAACAGGGUCAACAUACAUCUUUUUCACAGACAAAGAGGAACUUUUUGUACCUACUCCCAGUUAUUUUGAGAUUGUCUACCUGAACCCAGAUAAACCUGCAGUCGUCCCGUGCCGUGUUACUACUCCUUCAGCAAAAGUGACUCUUCACAGGGAAUUUCCAGCAGAAGAAAUUGAAACAGAUGGAACUGAUAUUAUUUAUGAUGCAAAGAAGGGUUUUGUCUUCCAGCACCCUACUUCUGAUCAUAAAGGUAUUGUCUACUGCAAAGCAGAGUCACAGGGAGCACCUCAGAUUUCCAUCAAAUAUCACCUACUCUAUGUGGAAGUUCCCAAGGGCCCACCCUCAACCACAAUUGCUGUGUCAUCCAGUAGAGCCGGACUCAGUGACAGAGUUCAUGUCGUCUGCACAGUCCUUGGGGAGCCAGAUGUGGAUGUGAACUUCAGGUGGCAGUAUCCAGGGCGAGAGUCCGGAAGGCCUGUGAUUAUUCAAAACUUCUGGAGAUUGAUAAACAGAGGAAUUGGCCAUACUACAAGAAUCUCAAAGAGUGUUCUUCUUGUGGAGGAUUUUGAAGACACAGAUGUGGGAAACUAUGUUUGUAUAGCUCAGAACCUACAAGGAGAAACAACAGUCGCUACCAAAGUUGAACUGAAGUGAUAGAAAAGACUUCUGGUUGUGGACUGACCUGUAUGUUAUUUGACAUUAUAGCCAUUAAUUUUCCUUAUUAAUGUUUAAACGUAGCUUUUCUCCCACUGUUUCUUUUAUAUGUCAAUGCAUUUCAUGUCGACUAGCCUGACAGGCCACAACAGAGUUCUCUCUGUCCAGCAGUAGUGGGUUGUGAGUUAAUGAAACUACAAUGAAGCAUUAAAGUGUAAGUCUGAACAUGCCUAGGGUGUGUGCAUAUUUAGAAACAGGUGCUCUUUGGGCUUUCCUUUGCAUAUGGUCUUUCCCUCAGACUCUUGCAUGAGGUCAGCCCGCUGUGUGGAACGUGCAGUUUUAACAUUAAGAGUACUGUACACGUUUAAAACAACAACAACAAAAAAGCAAACUAAAAAAGCCUUGUAACAAAGUUAGCCAAUAGCAGUUGUUUAUUUUGCAAGAAUAAUUAAAUUUCCGAACAUUAUGAAAACA